GGUCGCAGUUUUUUAACAGAGGACCAUCUGCUUCUUUGGACAACAAAUCGGGAACACCAAUGGACCAAAAUGAAUGCAGCCUCUCUGGACCCUGGAUGAAGAGGCAACACACCAGAGGAUCAGAGCUGAGAAUCAUUCUGGUGGGCAAAACAGGAACCGGCAAAAGUGCUACAGGGAACAGUAUCCUCAGGAACCAGGCAUUUGUGUCAAGGCUGAGCGCCCAGGCCUUGACUAAGACUUGCAGUGAAAGCUGGGGGUCCUGGGGAGAGAGAGAGAUGAUCAUUAUUGACACACCAGAUGUGUUUUCUGGGAACGACCUCUCUGAAACGCUAUAUGAGGAGGUGCAGAACUGCUACUUACUCUCUGCACCAGGACCCCAUGUGCUGCUCCUGGUGGCUCAGCUUGGCCGAUACACCACCCAGGACCAGGAGGUUGUACAGAGGGUGAAGGAGAUCUUUGGAGAGGAUGCCAUGAGACACACGAUCAUCCUCCUUACCCACAAGGAAGAUCUUGAUGGCGGCUCUUUGACAGACUACAUCCAUGACUCAGAUAACAGUACCUUAAGCAAGCUGGUGGCAGCAUGUGGGGGGCGAGUCUGUGCCUUUAACAACUGUGCUGAAGGAGGCGAGCAGGACAACCAAGUGAAGGAGCUGAUGGACUUGAUUGACAGUUUGAUGGUGGGUAAAAUGGGUGAUCACUACACCAAUGAGCUGUACAGCCUAAUUCAGGGGUCAAAAGAUGGAUCUGCUGGGUCAGAGGUGAAACUGAAGGAGUUCAAAGGCCAACUUAUAACGUACAUGGAAAUUCAGAGAUACUGCAUGACCAUGGCCCAAGCAAAUUGCCUAAAAAGAGCCUUAAUCAAAACACAAUCGUGGAUUUUAUUUUGUAUGCAGUUAUGUGUCAGAUUGUUAAUUCUGCUAUUUUGUGUGUUGUGCAGCAUGUGCAAUUGGUGCAAUUUGUUUUACUGCUUACUCUUCAGUGUGUGCAAUUUAUUCUGUAGCUUACUGUUUAUUAUACCCAGAAAGUUGAUGAGAAUAUUCAGAAAGGCCCCUGGAGUGGGCUACUGGAGUAAGCCCUAA